AUGUCAGGAGCUAGGGCAGGCUGGGAGCCCGUAGGCGACCGCUUCUACCGCAAGACGCAGCUCUAUACAUCGGUCUUCGACCAAGACCUUGAGCUCGAGAACUACGUCGUCACCGGAGCUCCUUAUAGCGGCGCUGUAGCACUGUACCGAGAUGCAAGCAAGAUCUUUUCACUCCGAGGCGCGCAGUCCGCAAAGUCGAGCAUCGACAUCUACAGCUGCGCGGGCAAGCUGAUACGACAGAUACCCUGGGAGAGGCAGACUGUCAAGGCUGUAGGCUGGUCAGAGGAUGAGCGAUUGCUCGUUAUCACCAACGAUGGGACAGUGAGGAGUUACGCCGACUUACACGGCGACUUCACUCCAUUCAACAUCGGUCAUGGUGCGGAAGAACACGGCGUGAAAGGAUGCAAAUUCUGGUCGAAUGGCUUCGUGGCGUUGCUUGGAAACAACCGUCUGGUCGCUGUCACGCGCUACGAAGAACCCAGGCCGCAAUUGCUAGCCUCGACGCCCAGCGGUGAGGUCAUGUCCUGGACCGUGAUACCGCCGGAGUACACAUCUUCGCGGGCUGUUGAGGUGCUGUUGGCGAUUAACAAGACAGUCUACGUCGUGGAUCCUGCAGAGUGCGAGGAUAGAGGACUCGAGGCCGGUCCGUUCAGACAUAUCGGCGUCUCGCCAAACGGCAAAUUCAUCGCGCUGUACACCGACGAUAGCAAAGUAUGGGUCAUCUCCAGCGAUUUCCAGGACCGGUAUAGCGAGUACGAGUCCAAGGUCAAGACGAUUCCGAAGGAUUUACAAUGGUGUGGCAACAACGCUGUCGUACUGGCUUGGGAGGACGAGCUGCACCUGGUUGGACCCAACGGCGCAGCAUCUAAGUUCUACUACGACUCCAUCAUGCAUCUGCUCCCGGAUAUUGACGGCAUCAGGGUCUUAACAAGCGACAUUUGCGAGUUUCUGCAGAAAGUGCCCGACCCCACGGAGGAGGUGUUCAGACUCGGCUCGACGUCUCCAGCCUCAGUCCUCCUAGAUGCUCUUCAUCAUCUCGAGGACAAAUCUCCAAAAGCCGACGAUAACAUUCAGCUCAUCCGCGAGAGUCUGGACGAAGCGGUCGAUGUCUGCGUUCGCGCCGCAGGGCAAGAAUACAGUAUCCACUGGCAGAAACAGCUCCUCAAGGCCGCAUCUUUCGGGAAGUCCGUUCUUGACCUCUACAACAGCGAUGAUUUCGUCGACAUGACGGAGACGCUGCGCGUACUGAAUGCCGUCCGCUUCUUCGAAGUGGCGUUGCCGCUAUCUUACGAACAAUAUCUGCGUUUGACACCGGAGAGGCUGGUGCAACGGCUGGUUAACAGGCAGAUGUAUCUACUCGCGCUCAAGGUAUCCGAAUAUCUGCACUUACCGGUGGAUCGGAUCUACGUUCAUUGGGCGCGGCAGAAAGUCCGAUCCUCACGAACGGAUGAGGACAGCAUCUGCGCCGAGAUUGUGCAGAAGUUGAAUGGGAAGCGCGGUAUAUCAUUCGAGGAAGUGGCGCGCGCCGCAUACGAUGAGGGGCGUGGCAAGCUGGCCACGGACCUGCUAGAGCAUGAACCUCGGGCGGGCAAGCAGGUACCCUUAUUGCUCAAUGUGGGUGAAGACACGAUCGCGCUGGACAAAGCCAUCGAGAGCGGUGACACGGAUCUCGUCUUCUACGUCUUGCUAAACCUGAGGAAGAAGAUGCCGCUUUCCAGCUUCUUUCGUACGAUCAAUAGCCGACCAACCGCUACGGCUAUCGUGGAGUCGUCCGCCGUCGACCAAGAUGAAGAGCUGCUGAAGGACCUAUACUACCAGGAUGAUCGACGUAUAGAAGGGUCAAACUUACUGGUAUCCGAGGCGCUUGCUGCGUCGGACACCGCGCCCGCGACGGACAAGCUUAAGAUGGCCGCGAAGUUGGUGCGCGACAGUAAAGAAUACGCCGUGCAAGUCACGGCUAUCGAAGACGCACAAAAGCUGCUACGCCUGCAGGAGACUUUUGCAAAGGAGCUCAAUGAGCGGUUCGUAGGGUUGAGCGUGAAUGAGACGCUGAGUAAGUUGAUCAGGACGGGAAACAUGAAGCGAGCAACGAAAGUGCAGACAGAGUUCAAGGUGACCGAGAAGGUGUAUUGGUGGAUUAGGUUGAGGGCAUUGGUGAGCAACAGAGAUUGGAGAGAGUUGGAGGAAAUGAGUAAGGCGAGGAAGAGUCCGAUUGGGUGGGAGCCUUUCUACAAUGAAAUAUUGGCCGCAGGCAACACGAAGGUUGCGGCGCUCUUCAUACCUAAGUGCGCGUCGCUGACGCUCAGCGAGCGGAUUGAGAUGUGGUUGAAAUGUGGUUUGGUGGCCAAGGCGGGCGAAGAAGCGCUGAAGGCGAAGGAUCGGAAUGCUUUGGAGGACUUGAGGAAGCAGGCUACGGGUAAUGCUGCGGUAGAGAUUGAGCGGAUGAUUGGGCUCUUGCAGAAAGGUCGAUAG